AUGCCUGUAAACCAUGAUGAACUGCCUCCGGGCGUGUUCUUUCGACUGGACAUAGCGGACCCGAAAAAGCGCGUGGAAGCAUAUAUCGAGGAAUACAACGCUGAUCAUCCUCAAAUCGAGAAGAGCAAGCCUCCAUCAUUUGACUCUAUAAUCAUGACCAACAAUGUCCGUGUACAUUCUGUAUCAACCGGGCCCCCUUUGGUCGUUAUAUUAGUUCUGGAUAUCCGACCUGAGUUGUGCUCCCGAACAGGAAAUCUGCACGGAGGGGCCGCAGCACUAAUAUUCGAUAUGACAACCUCCAUGUCGGUUGCGCCUCUGGCGAAGGAGCCUCCGGGAUGGCACUUCGGUGGAGUCUCUCGCAAUCUCAACGUGAGUUACUUGCGUCCUGUGCCAUGUGGUAUAAAGGUGCACGUCGUAUGCGAAGUUUCCAACCUAGGCAAAAACCUUGCGACCAUUACUGCCAGAAUGCAGACCGAAGAUGGAAAGCUCCUUUGCAUGGCUCAGCAUGAUAAGGUAUGGGUCGAUAUUGCGGCCAGGACCAACAAAAUGUAA